AUGCGCUUAAUCCCAUGGAGCGACUGCAUAGGCAUGGGAAUAAACGACUUUAUCCCGACCUUCAUCUACAUCGUCCAGCAGCUCCGCGCCCUAAAUGUUGGAUUUCUUGACCUGAUUGAGGAACUUAUCCGAGGAAAUGUCAAUGCCGACUGCGGUAGGGAUAACAAUGUGUCUUUCGCAGUCAACGCCUGGGGCAAGCAAGCGUCCGUUAUGAUUAGUGGUGGUUUCAAUGGCGAGUUUGCGCAAAAGGCUGUCGACGAGACUUACAAGGACUACAAGCUGGCUAUUGCUUUGGUCGCCACUGGACGAGCAACCCUUAUCUGCCCUUCCGUAUAA